CGUUCUUGCUUUUUUUUAGGCUCAGUGACGGCACCCAUCAAUGGCGUGACCCAGCCCAGCGAGGAUACCUGCCGCCGUCUGCUAUUGUUAUGUAUGGGGAAGAGGUGCAAUGUUGGGAUAAGUAGCAUUGCUCGAGCAGUGAGCGGCUGCUGCCGGUAGGAGGCGAUGUGUCGCAGGGAGGAAGCUGCCAGAGGAGUAAAGUCUUCUCCCGGCAUGCUCUGAGAGCCUGAGUGAGGGAGAUAGGGGAGAAAUAGCAGCAGCAGGCACAUAAUGAAGCUAAGAUGGCAGCACUGAGUGUGCAGCUUUCGAUUGAGUCCGUGCCUAGUUGAAGCUUGCGUCCCGUGGUCGGGUGGAGGCACCGUUUUGCUUGCCCUUGUUUCUUGUCGCAGUGCUUUGCCCCGGCCGGACUGAGAGCCCAGGAAGCCGGAUAGGAGAGUCGAGGAGGUGCAGGCUUGUUUGUAUUUGCUGAGCCCCGGCUGCUGCACACCGGAGGAUGGUGAGGAGAGCUGGGUGUGUUUUGGGACUGCGGUGAAAGCUCUACACCGCUCUGCUCGGCUGUCACGGGCCGCACACCGGGGCCCUAGAAAGGAGAGAGGGAGGUCACCGGCCAGCCCCCCUCCCGGGCGGACACUCACCUACCGUGGAUCCUGUGUGGGUAGAUGAGCCGGGCUAACACGGACUGCUCCUCCAUGGUGUCAGGGAAGUGACACGCACGCACGGCCGCUGUCUGUACUAAGUCCCCGGGAGGCCCGCUCUCUCUGCCCCAGGGAGGGGUAAAGAUGAUGUGCGCAGCCACCGCACCCCCACCCCCGGCUGCAGCCGCAGCCUCCACUUCUGCCUCAGGAGCUGGGGGACACAGUUUCUUCUCGGUGCCUCCGUCUACAGCCACUUCCUCGUUGUGCAUGGCGCGGCCGCACAUGCCGGGGGCCCAGGACGGGUCCUCGGGCUCCGACUGCAGGAGCCGCUACCAGCUGCUGCUCUUCGGCAAGGCCUUGGCUGACCGCUACCGGCAGAUCUGCACAGCGGCGGUGAACGACAGGGACCAGCAGGCUGGCCAGCCCGGCAGGAAUAAGAAAAUUCUAAGUAAGAAAAAACUUAAAAGGAAGCAAAAGACCAAAUCAAAAGGAAAAAUGAGAAGCAAGGCUGACAACCUGGAAAAUGUUCUUUUCGUACCUGACCUCAAACUCCACAGCAACCCUUCAGCGUUCAAUGUUUAUUGCAGUGUGCGUCACUGUGUUCUGGAGUGGCAGAGGAAGGAGACCUCCCUCCUUUUGUCCUCUAAGAGCUCCGUGCAGAGUGGGGAGUCUGACAGCGAUGAGGAAGAGGAGUCCAAAGACCCACCAGUCAAGCUUCCAAAGAUAAUUGAAAUAGGUUUAUGUGAAGUUUUUGAAUUGAUCAAGGAGACUCGUUUCUCGCAUCCGUCACUGUGUUUGAGGAGCUUACAGGCUCUGCUGAAUGUGCUGCAGGGUCAGCAGCCUGAAGGUCUGCAGUGUGAACCUCCUGAAGUAUUAGAAUCUCUGCUCCAGCUCAUUCUGGAAAUAACAGUUCGUAGUGCAGGAGUGAAUGACAGUACCGGGCAGUCGCUGACUGCCAUCUCUUGUGCCUGUCUCUUCAGUCUCGUCGUAGCAUGGGGAGAAACAGGAAGGACCUUACAAGCUAUCUCUGCCAUUCUUACCAACAAUGGCAGCCAUGCUUGCCAAACUAUCCAGGUGCCAACUAUUUUAAACUCGCUACAACGUAGUGUCCAGGCGGUUUUGGUAGGAAAAAUACAGAUCCAGGACUGGUUUACAAAUGGGAUUAAAAAAGCUGCCUUGAUGCAAAAGUGGUCUCUGAAGGACAUUCCUAUCGACGAAGACGACCAGUGCCUCCUUCAGAGCGAUGGCUUCUUCCUCUAUCUUUUAUGCAAAGACGGCCUUUACAAAAUUGGCUCUGGAUACAGUGGGACAGUGAGGGGGCACAUAUAUAAUUCCACGUCCCGCAUUAAAAGCAGGAGAGAGAAGAAGUCUUGGUUGGGUUAUGCUCAGGGUUACUUGCUCUACAGAGAUGUGUGCAAUCACCAUAUGACAGCCAUAAGAAUAAACCCAGAGACAUUGGAGCAGGAUGGAACAGUGACAGUUCCAGAUUGUAAUGCUGAUGGCCAGAAUAUCCUGUUUACGGAUGGAGAAUUUAUCAACCAGAUUGCUGCUUCUAAAGACGAUGGAUUUGUGGUUCGAAUAUUUGCAACCAGCACGGAGCCAGUGCUGCAGCAGGAAUUACAACUGAAGCUCGCGAGGAAAUGCCUGCACGCCUGUGGCAUCUCGCUGUUUGAUCUGGAGAAAGACUUGCACAUAAUAAGCACAGGCUUUGAUGAGGAGCUGGCUGUUCUCGGAGCAGGAAGAGAGUUUGCACUAAUGAAAACUGCUAGUGGAAAGGUUUAUUACACUGGUAAGUAUCAGAGCCUUGGGAUCAAGCAAGGUGGACCUUCAUCAGGGAAGUGGGUUGAGUUGCCCAUAACCAAAUCUCCAAAGAUUGUCCAGUUCUCUGUUGGUCAUGAUGGCUCCCACGCCUUGCUCGCUGCGGAUGAUGGGAGUGUGUUCUUUACCGGAACAGCAAGUAAAGGAGAAGAUGGGGAGUCAACAGCAAAGAGCCGACGGCAGUCAAAACCCUACAAGCCAAAAAAAAUGCUGAAAAUGGAAGGCAAAUUUGUUCUGAGCACUGCAUGCAAUAAUGGGAGCAGUUCAGUCGUCACCAAGGACGGUGAACUUUACAUGUUUGGGAAAGAUGCCAUUUAUUCCGACAGCUCGAAUUUGAUAACAGACUUGAAGGGACAUUUUGUGACCCAGGUGGCUAUGGGGAAAGCGCAUACAUGCGUCUUGACAAAAAAAGGUGAAGUAUGGACCUUUGGUGUCAACAACAAGGGACAGUGUGGAAGGGACACUGGUGCAAUGAGCCAAGGAGGUAAAGGUUUUGGAGUUGAAAAUAUGGCCACAGCAAUGGAUGAAGACCUGGAGGAAGACAUUGAUGAAAAAGAUGAGAAAUCGAUGAUGUGUCCGCCUCGGAUGCAUAAGUGGAAGUUGGAGCAGUGCAUGGUGUGUACUGUGUGCGGAGAGUGCACAGGUUACGGGGCGAGCUGUGUGAGCAGUGGACGACCGGAACGUGUACCGGGAGGAAUCUGUGGCUGUGGUUCUGGAGAGUCUGGCUGUGGCGUGUGUGGAUGUUGCAAGGCCUGUGCCCGUGAGCUGGAUGGCCAAGAGGCAAGACAGAGAGGAAUUCUGGAUGCCGUUAAAGAAAUGAUACCCCUGGAUCUGCUCCUAGGUAAAGCUGUUCCUGUGCCAGGGGUUAACAUUGACGAACACCUUCAAAUACGGCAGGAGGAGAAGCGGCAGCGCGUGAACAGGAGGCACAGGCUGGAUGAAGGCAGAGGAAUAAAAAAACCAAAUGGAAAUUUAGGCCCCUAUGUUUUUCCUGGUCCUAAUUUUAUGAACCACCGAGAGCAGGCUCUAGCCAGACUAAGAUCACUUCCAGCACAGCUAAAGCAUAAACGGGACAAGAAAAAAGAUGAAGGCAGAGAACAAGGAGAGAAGGAUGCAAGCAAAAUCACAACCUACCCACCUGGAUCUGUCCGCUUUGACUGUGAGCUACGGGCUGUCCAGGUUAGCUGUGGCUUCCACCAUUCAGUGGUCUUGAUGGAGAAUGGAGAUGUAUACACAUUUGGCUAUGGACAGCAUGGGCAAUUGGGCCAUGGCGAUGUAAGCUGUAGGGGCUGUCCCACUCUAGUCCAGGCAUUACCUGGCCCAAGUACUCAAGUCACAGCCGGCAGCAACCACACUGCUGUUCUGUUAACGGAUGGUCAAGUGUUCACAUUUGGAAGCUUUUCUAAAGGACAGCUGGGAAGACCUAUCUUGGAUGUGCCCUAUUGGAAUGCAAAGCCAGCUCCCAUGCCCAAUAUUGGCUCAAAAUAUGGUCGUAAGGCUACCUGGGUUGGUGCAAGCGGAGACCAAACUUUCUUGAGGAUAGAUGAAGCACUUAUAAACUCCCAUGUUUUAGCUACAUCUGAGAUCUUUGCAAGCCGGCACAUAAUAGGAAUGGUACCUGCAUCCAUGAGUGAACCCCCUCCUUUCAAAUGCCUGCUUAUCAAUAAAGUGGAUGGGAGCUGUGCAACAUUUAAUGACUCUGAGCAAGAAGACCUGCAGGGCUUUGGCGUUUGUUUAGAUCCAGUCUAUGAUGUUAUAUGGAGAUUCCAGGCCAGCACAAGGGAGCUUUGGUGUUAUAAUGCAGUCAUUGCAGACUCCAGGCUGCCUUCAUCACCGGAGAUGCAACUAGGGUGCAGUAUACUUAGUCCAGAGCUAGCACUGCCUGCCGGACAAAAAGCAGUUACCACACGCUCACAUGCAGCACUGCAUAUCCUGGGUUGCCUCGACACUUUGGCUGCGUUGCAGGAUUUGAAGAUGGGUGUUUCAAGCACCGAGGAGGAAACGCAGUCAGUUAUGAAAGUUUAUUCCAAAGAAGACUACAGUGUUGUUAACAGGUUUGAAAGUCAUGGUGGAGGCUGGGGGUACUCGGCCCACUCAGUGGAGGCUAUUCGCUUUUGUGCUGAUACUGACAUCUUGCUUGGUGGUCUUGGCCUGUUUGGUGGAAGAGGGGAGUACACUGCAAAAAUAAAGUUGUUUGAACUGGGACCUGAUGGAGGAGACCAUGAAACAGAUGGGGACCUGCUUGCAGAGACUGAUGUCCUUGCAUAUGACUGUGCAGCCAGAGAAAAAUAUGCAAUGAUGUUUGAUGAGCCUGUCCUGUUGCAAGCUGGUUGGUGGUACGUUGCGUGGGCUCGAGUUUCUGGUCCCAGCAGCGACUGUGGCUCUCACGGUCAAGCCUCAAUUACUACUGAUGACGGAGUUGUUUUCCAGUUUAAAAGUUCAAAAAAAUCUAAUAAUGGCACAGAUGUCAAUGCAGGUCAAAUCCCACAGCUUCUCUACAGACUGCCUACAAGUGAUGGAAGUGCUGCAAAGGGCAAACAGCAAGUCAGCGAACCCGUGCAUAUUUUGAAGAGGUCCUUUGCACGUACUGUUUCUUUGGAGUGUUUUGAAUCCUUGCUGAGUAUCCUCCAUUGGAGCUGGACCACCUUGGUUCUAGGAGUGGAAGAGCUUCGUGGCCUCAAAGGCUUUCAGUAUACUGCAACAUUGUUGGAUUUGGAACGACUACGCUUUGUGGGGACGUGCUGCUUACGCUUGUUAAGAGUCUAUACGUGUGAAAUAUAUCCUAUAUCAGCCUCCACUAAAGCAGUGGUAGACGAAACCAGCAAGCUCGCCGAGUGCAUUGGGAAAACCAGGACUCUGCUGAGAAAAAUACUUUCUGAAGGUGUGGAUAACAGCAUGACGAAGCUGGAUAAUGACCCCCAAGGCUACCUCAGCCAGCCCUUGAGCUUAUUGGAGGCCGUUCUUCAGGAGUGCCACAACACAUUCACAGCCUGCUUUCACUCUUUCUACCCAACUCCUGCCCUGCAGUGGGCCUGCCUCUGUGACUUGCUCAACUGCCUCGAUCAGGACAUUCAGGAGGCAAACUUCAAGACUUCCAGCAGCCGUCUCCUAGCAGCGGUCAUGUCUGCCCUUUGUCACACUUCUGUGAAGCUCACGUCAAUUUUCCCGAUUGCUUACGAUGGCGAGACCCUGCUGCGCUCUAUGGUGAAGCAAGUCAGCACUGAAAAUGACACUGCACUGGCCCAUCGCUUCCCGCUGCUAGUCUCCUGCAUGGAGAAACUAAGCCAGAGUGAGGAGAAUGUAUCUGGAAUGACAAGCUUUCGCGAAGUCCUUGAGAAAAUGCUGGUCAUUGUAGUUUUGCCUGUGCGAAACAGCCUGAGGCGGGAAAAUGAACUCUUCUCUUCACACCUGGUGUCCAACACUUGUGGUCUGCUCGCUAGUAUCGUCAGCGAACUCACAGCAUCAGCUCUUGGAUCCGAGGUGGAUGGAUUAAAUUCUUUGCAUUCGGUGAAGUCCAGCCCCAAUCGUUUCACCAAAACAAGCCAGGGCCGAAGCUGGAAUACCGGAAACGGCUCUCCAGACGCCAUCUGCUUCUCAGUGGACAAACCUGGACUGGUGGUGGUUGGUUUCUGUGUGUAUGGUGGUGGUGGAAUCCAUGAGUAUGAGCUAGAGGUCUUGGUGGAUGAUAGUGAUCACUCAGGCGAUGCUGCUCACUCCCAUAGAUGGACAUCUUUAGAGCUUGUAAAAGGCACUUACACAACUGAUGACUCCCCCAGUGACAUUGCUGAAGUUAGGCUGGAUAAAGCUGUUCCUCUGAAGGAAAACAUGAAAUAUGCGGUGCGUCUGCGGAAUUAUGGAAGUCGCACUGCUAAUGGAGAUGGAGGGAUGACCACAGUCCAGUGCCCAGAUGGCGUGACUUUCACAUUCAGCUCCUGUGGGUUGAGCAGCAAUGGCACAAACCAAACACGAGGACAAAUUCCACAAGUUUUGUUUUAUAGGAGCGAGUAUGAUGGAGACCUUCAGUCUCAACUCCUGAGCAAAGCGAACGAGGAAGAUAAAAACUGCACCCGAGCGCUUUCUGUUGUGAAUGCUGUUGCACGCGCUGCUAAGGACCUUCUGCACAGAGCGCUUGCUGUCGAUGCUGAAGACAUUCCAGAACUCCUCACUUCGUCAAGUUUAUUUUCCAUGCUGCUCCCUCUUCUAAUAGCCUAUAUAGGACCAGUAGCAGCCGCAAUUCCAAAGGCCGCUGUUGAAGUCUUUGGCCUUGUGCAACAGCUGCUUCCUUCGGUAGCUAUUCUAAAUCAAAAGUAUGCCCCUCCGGUCUUCAAUCCUAAUCAAUCCACCGACAGUACGACCGGCAAUCAACCAGAACAGCUCUCUGCAUGUACUACCUCCAGUCACUAUGCAGUUGUGGAAAGUGAGCACCCAUACAAACCAGCCAGCAUAAUGCAGUAUAAGGUGUCCCUUCCUGAAUGUGUUCGAUGGAUGUCGGUGGAGUUUGACCCACAAUGUGGCACUGCUCAGCCUGAAGAUGUCUUGCGCCUAAUGAUCCCGGGCAGGAAUGCACACGCCUCAGGUUUUGGACCAAAGCUUCCAAUUUAUGAAAGCCUUAAUUCAUGGGUUGAGCUAAAGAAAUUUUCAGGCUCCUCCGGUUGGCCGACAUCUGUCUUAAUAUUGCCAGGAAAUGAGGCUUUGUUUUCCCUUGAAACUGCUUCAGACUAUGUCAAGGAUGAUAAAGCCUGUUUUUACGGCUUCAAGUGCUUUACCAUUGGAUAUGAAUUUAGUCCGGGAGUCGAUGAGGGAAUCAUUCAGCUAGAGAAGGAGCUGGCCAACCUGGGUGGCGUGUGUGCAGCUGCCCUGAUGAAAAAGGAUUUGGCUUUACCUAUUGGCAGUGAAUUGGAGGAAGACCUAGAAAUUGUUGAAGAAGCGGCAUUGCAGGUGUGUAAAACCCAUUCAGGAAUCCUGGGGAAGGGAUUAGCUCUGUCUCAUUCACCAACUAUCCUGGAGGCCCUGGAGGGAAACCUUCCCCUGCAAAUGCAAAGCAAUGAGCAGUCCUUUCUAGAAGACUUCAUCACCUGUGUGCCUGGAUCCAGCGGAGGGCGACUGGCAAGGUGGCUUCAGCCAGAUUCUUAUGCUGAUCCGCAGAAGACAUCACUCAUUCUUAAUAAAGAUGACAUCAGAUGCGGUUGGCCGACUACCAUAACUGUGCAGACAAAGGAUCAGUAUGGAGAUGUAGUUCAUGUUCCCAACAUGAAGGUGGAAGUCAAAGCUGUGCCUGUAUCGCAAAAAAAGACAUCCUUGCAGCAAGAACAGGUGAAAAAGCUUCCACACAUACCAGGCAGCCCUUCUUCAGCUACUUCAGGCACUGAUUUGACUUUUGGUGGCCUUCCUUCACCCAAAUUAGAGUCGUCCUAUGAACCAAUGAUAGUGAAGGAGGCUCGUUAUAUUGCAAUUACAAUGAUGAAGGCCUAUGAAAGCUAUUCAUUUGAAGAACUCCGGUAUGCCUCGCCAAUGCCUAAAAGGCCCAGUGAAAACAUGUUAAUCAGAGUUAACAAUGACGGUACCUACUGUGCAAACUGGACUCCUGGAGCUGUUGGACUUUACACCAUACAUGUUACCAUAGACGGGAUAGAGAUUGAUGCUGGUCUAGAAGUCAGAGUGAAAGACCCACCCAAAGGGAUGAUACCACCAGGAACCCAACUGAUUAAACCUAAAGCAGAACCUCAGCCAAGCAAGGUUCGCAAAUUUGUGGCCAAGGACAGUGCAGGGCUCCGUAUACGUAGCCACCCCUCCCUUCAGAGUGAGCAGAUAGGCAUAGUGAAAGUCAAUGGGACCAUCGCUUUUGUUGAUGAGAUCCACAAUGAUGAUGGUGUAUGGCUAAGACUGAAUGAUGAGACAAUAAAGAAGUAUGUUCCUAACAUGAAUGGUUACAAUGAAGCCUGGUGCCUCUCAUUUAAUCAACAUCUUGGCAAGAGUUUGCUGGCUCCUGUUGAUGAGCCAGUAUCCAAUUCUGAGGAUUUUUUCAACGAUUUCAAUGCUCGUUGCGCCCAAGAAAUAACCAUGAGAGAGCAUGAAGUCCCUGUACUCAGGGGCGGGCCUGGCUUAUACAAGGUAGUGAAGACCGGCCCCUCCGGUCACAACAUCAGAAGCUGCCCAAACCUUAGAGGUAUCCCAAUUGGAAUGUUAGUACUGGGAAACAAAGUCAAGGCCGUGGGCGAGGUGGUCAGUUCUGAAGGUACAUGGGUUCAGCUGGACAAGAACAGCAUGGUAGAGUUUUGUGAGAAUGAUGAAGGCGAGGCUUGGUCCCUGGCCAGAGAUCCUGGUGGCAAUCAGUACCUCCGACACGAGGAUGAGCAAGCCGGUUUGGAUCAAGGCUCGCAGACUCCACCUCCAAGCCCUUUCUCCUUGCCAAUAUUUUGUCGUAGCACAAGUGGCAACAUGAUGCCAGGCUUUGAUUAUGGUCUUGGAAAUAACAAAGGUGAUCAGCUGAGUGCCAUACUGAAUUCCAUUCAGUCACGGCCUAGUUACCCAGCUCCUGCCAUCUUUGAACAAGCUGCAAAACCUCCCUCUUCCCUAGUCCACAGUCCAUUUGUGUUCGGACAGUCCCCUUCCUUCCAGCCGCCUCAGCCUCCGCUUCAGAAUGAAAGGGGCCAAUGUACUGUUGGAGGCCGAGCAGCUACCACAGUGAAUAAAUCUGACUUGCCAACAAAACACAGGGUGGAGAGCAAAUCUCCUAAGCCUGAUGGAAGAAUAAGCCGCUCUAAUGCAGAUCAGAAAAAGCCCAGAAGCAAUGAAGGUCUCACUGCAAGUGAAUCUCUCCUUCUGAAGUCUGAUGCUGCCAAGCUGAGAUCAGAUUCUCAUAGCAGAUCUUUAUCUCCAAAUCACAACACACUUCAAAUUCUGAAGUCUGACGGAAAAGCAUCUUCUGGCCUCAGAGCCGAAUCACCAGGUCCUGGCUCCCGUUCUUCUUCACCGAAGCCAAAGACUGUUCCUACUGGGAAGCCCAGUGCGCCCAGUGCACCCAGUGCUGGAGCAACACGCUCAGCAUCUCCACAGGAGAAAAGCCUACCUCAAAAACCUGUUGGUCCAGCCAAGGCUAAACUUGAACCCCCAAGGGAAAGGUCCAAGUCAGACUCCUACACACUUGACCCAGAUACAUUACGUAAAAAAAAAGUACCUUUCACAGAACCCUUAAGAGGACGAUCAACUUCACCUAAACCAAAAAAUCCCCCAAAAGAUGCCAAAGCUGCAAAUGGCUGUGAAAACAGAGCGCCAUCUCCUCAUGUUGUUCAGGAAAACCUUCACAGUGAAGUUGUCGAAGUCUGCUCUUCAAGUACGUUGAAGACCAACAGCGUCACAGACAGCACAUGUGAUGAAGGUACAGAGCUGAAGAGUGUAGAUGAAGGGUCAUCCAAAGUUCAUUUCAGUAUAGGUAAAGCACCUUUAAAAGAAGAGCAAGAUACAAGGUCUUCUCCCAAAGUAAGCCGCAAAAGUACAGGCAGGCACGUCCGACCCAAAAAGGCAAACUUCCUGUUUUCGAAAAGUGAGGGUUCAAAAUCUGUUGAGCCAGCAAAAGAAGCUAUGUCCCCCUCUGUUGCCGAAUGUGCUAGGGCUGUAUUUGCAGCUUUCCUGUGGCAUGAGGGUAUAGUUCAUGAUGCAAUGGCUUGUUCUUCCUUCUUGAAAUUUAAUCCAGAACUUUCCAAAGAACAUGCCCCCAUAAGAAGCAGCCUUAACAGCCAGCAACCUGUGGAGGAAAAGGAAGCAAAGUUGAAGAACAGGCACUCAAUUGAAAUCUCAUCUGCUCUUAAUAUGUUUCAUAUUGCGCCCCAUGGGCCAGACAUAUCAAAAAUGGGCAGUAUCAAUAAGAACAAAGUUCUGUCGAUGCUAAAAGAGCCACCGCUCCAUGAGAAGUGUGAAGAUGGCAGACAUGAGGGCUCACACUUUGAUGUGUCUAAUCACCACUCAGUGAAGUCUCGGUCACCUCUUCCUCUCACACUUCAGCAUCUUGUAGCGUUCUGGGAGGACAUUUCCUUAGCCACCAUAAAAGCUGCUUCCCAAAAUAUGAUCUUUCCUAGUCCAGGUUCAUGCGCUGUGUUAAAAAAGAAAGAAGGUGACAAAGACAACAAAAAGUCCAAAAAAGAGAAGAGGAAGAAGGAAAAAGCUGAAUCCAGGCCUCGUGGAAACCUGUUUGGGGAAAUGGCUCAGCUUGCAGUUGGAGGUCCUGAAAAAGACACCAUUUGUGAGCUAUGUGGAGAGUCCCACCCUUACCCAGUGACGUAUCACAUGAGGCAAGCCCAUCCAGGCUGUGGAAGGUAUGCAGGAGGACAGGGAUACAACAGCAUUGGCCAUUUUUGUGGAGGAUGGGCAGGAAACUGUGGUGACGGUGGCAUCGGAGGAAGCACUUGGUAUUUGGUGUGUGACCGCUGCAGAGAAAAAUAUCUCAGAGAAAAACAGGCUGCCGUACGGGAAAAGGUCAAGCAAUCUAGGAAGAAGCCUGUACAGGUGAAGACGCCACGUACUUUGCCCACCAUGGAGUCCCACCAAGUAAUUAAAGCCAACGCACUGUUCUUGCUGUCCUUGAGCAGUGCUGCUGAGCCAAACAUUCUGUGCUACCACCAUCCAAAGCCAUUCCUCUCUCAGCUACCUAGUGUAAAAGAGGGCAUUUCCGAGGACCUGCCUCCCAAAAUGCAGUGUCUCUACCUACAGACAUUAGCAAGGCAUCAUCAUGAGAACUUUGUCGGAUAUCAGGACGACAACCUCUUCCAAGAUGAAAUGCGAUACCUGCGUUCCACUUCUGUACCUGCCCCUUACAUAUCUGUAACUCCUGAUGCUUGUCCAAAUGUGUUUGAGGAACCGGAGAACAAUAUGAAAUCUAUGCCUCCCAGUUUAGAGACAAGUCCUAUAACAGACACAGACUCUGCUAAGCGGACAGUCUUCCAGAGGUCCUAUUCUGUCGUCGCCUCUGAAUAUGACAAACAACACUCUGUUCUUCAGCCUCGAGUGAAGGCUGUUCCCAGGCGCAGAGUUAACAGUGGAGAUGCUGAAGUUGGCUCUUCCUUGCUAAGACAUCCUUCCCCAGAGCUGUCCCGGCUGAUCUCUGCUCAUAGUUCAUUGUCAAAGGGUGAAAGGAACUUCCAGUGGCCUGUCUUGGCAUUUGUCAUCCAACACCAUGAUCUGGAAGGUUUAGAAAUCGCCAUGAAACAUGCAUUAAGAAAAUCUGCUUGCCGAGUCUUUGCUAUGGAGGCUUUCAACUGGCUACUCUGUAAUGUCAUUCAGACAAACUCACUCCAUGACAUUUUAUGGCAUUUUGUGGCCUCUCUGACUCCUGUUCCUAUGGAGCCAGAAGAGGACGAGGAUGAAGAAAAUAAAGCCAACAAGGAGAAUGCCGAACAAGAAAAAGAUACAAGAGUGUGUGAGCACCCACUGUCUGACAUCGUAAUUGCUGGGGAGGCAGCACAUCCUUUGCCCGACACAUUCCACCGUCUCCUCCAGACUAUAUCCGAUCUCAUGAUGUCCCUUCCUGGUGGCAGUUCACUACAACAAAUGGCUUUACGGUGUUGGAGUCUGAAGUUUAAACAAUCUGACCACCAGUUCCUUCAUCAGAGUAAUGUAUUCCAUCACAUUAACAACAUUCUCUCCAAAUCGGAUGACGGAGACAGCGAGGAGAGUUUUAAUAUUAGUGUACAGUCUGGUUUUGAAGCUAUCAAUCAGGAGUUAUGCAUGGUAACUGCUCUGAAAGACAUGACCAGCAUUGUGGACAUAAAGACCUCAAGUCGGCCAGCUAUGAUUGGCAGUCUGACCGAUGGAUCAACGGAAACAUUCUGGGAAUCAGGAGACGAAGAUAAAAAUAAGACAAAGAGCAUAACAAUAAAUUGCAUUAAAGGCAUAAAUGCUCGCUACGUUUCAGUCCAUGUUGAUAACUCUCGAGACUUAGGGAAUAAAGUAACUUCCAUGACUUUUCUCACUGGCAAAACUGUAGAAGACUUGUGCAGAAUUAAACAGGUUGAUUUGGAUUCACGACACAUCGGGUGGGUCACAAGUGAAUUACCUGGAGGGGAUAAUCACAUCCUAAAGAUUGAGUUGAAGGGCCCCGAGAAUACCCUAAGAGUGCGGCAGGUGAAGGUUCUCGGCUGGAAAGAUGGAGAGUCCAUUAAGAUCGCCGGUCAGAUAUCUGCAAGCGUUGCCCAGCAAAGGAACUGUGAAUCGGAGACGUUGCGUGUCUUUAGGCUGAUAACCUCCCAGGUGUUUGGCAAGUUGAUUUCUGGAGAUGCUGAACCAACACCAGAGCAAGAGGAAAAAGCUCUUCUGUCCUCUCCUGAAGGCGAAGAAAAGGCUCCAUCAGAUGCUGACCUGAAGGAGCACAUGGUUGGGAUAAUAUUUAGCAGGAGUAAGCUGACCAACUUGCAGAAACAGGUUUGUGCUCACAUUGUGCAGGCCAUUCGCAUGGAGGCCACACGUGUCCGUGAAGAGUGGGAGCAUGCCAUUUCCAGCAAGGAGAAUGCCAACUCGCAGCCCAAUGAUGAGGACGCCUCAUCGGAUGCAUACUGCUUUGAGCUGCUCUCCAUGGUGCUUGCUCUGAGUGGGUCGAAUGUGGGCAGGCAGUAUUUAGCCCAGCAGCUUACUUUGCUGCAAGACCUUUUCCAUCUGCUACAUACGGCGUCUCCUAGAGUGCAGAGACAAGUGACUUCGUUGCUGCGUCGUGUUUUACCGGAAGUGACUCCGUCUCGUUUAGCAAGCAUCAUUGGAGUGAAGUCUCUUCCCCCAGCCGACAUUAGUGAUAUUAUCCAUUCCACAGAGAAAGGGGACUGGAAUAAGCUGGGCAUAUUGGACAUGUUGCUGGGGUGCAUAGCCAAGGCUCUGACAGUCCAGCUAAAGGCCAAGGGAACACCGAUCACUGGUACAGCUGGCAUGAGUGCAGGGAAAGGUGUCACUACUGUUACCUUGCCAAUGAUCUUCAAUUCUAGUUAUCUCCGGAGAGGUGAAAGCCACUGGUGGAUGAAAGGCUCCACUCCCACUCAGAUUUCUGAGAUCAUCAUUAAAUUAAUCAAAGACAUGGCUGCGGGACAUCUUUCUGAAGCUUGGUCUAGAGUCACUAAGAAUGCAAUUGCCGAGACAAUCAUUGCACUGACAAAAAUGGAGGAAGAGUAUCGUUCUCCAGUACGAUGCAUCGCCACUACCAGGCUGUGGCUGGCUGUAGCCUCUCUGUGUGUGCUAGAUCAAGACCACGUGGAUCGAUUGUCUUCUGGCCGGUGGAUGGGAAAGGAUGGUCAACAGAAACAAAUGCCGAUGUGUGAUAAUCACGAUGAUGGUGAAACUGCAGCAAUCAUUUUGUGCAAUGCCUGUGGGAACUUAUGUACAGACUGUGAUCGGUUUCUUCAUUUGCACAGACGAACAAAAUCUCACCAGAGACAGGUGUUCAAAGAGGAGGAAGAAGCAAUUAAAGUUGACCUUCAUGAGGGCUGUGGCAGAACAAAGUUAUUCUGGUUGAUGGCUCUUGCAGAUUCCAAAACCAUGAAAGCAAUGGUGGAGUUCAGGGAACAAACUGGAAAGCCAGCAAGCAGCAGCUCUGAAACCUGCCGUUUCUGUGGCUCUAGGAAUGGGACAGAGUUAUCUGCUGUGGGCAGCGUGUGCUCCGAUGCCGACUGUCAGGAAUAUGCCAAGACGGCUUGCAGCAAGACUCAUCCUUGCGGACAUACCUGUGGCGGUGUUAAGAAUGAAGAUCGCUGUUUGCCCUGCCUGCAUGGCUGUGAUAAAAACGCAACAAGUCUCAAACAAGACGCUGAUGAUAUGUGUAUGAUCUGCUUUACAGAGGCGCUCUCGGCAGCUCCAGCUAUUCAGCUGGACUGCAGCCACGUGUUCCACUUACAAUGUUGCCGGCGCGUUCUAGAAAAUCGUUGGCUGGGGCCACGUAUAACAUUCGGCUUUAUGUCCUGCCCAAUAUGCAAGAACAAAAUCAAUCAUACAGUAUUAAAGGAUCUUCUUGAUCCAAUUAAAGAACUUCACGAGGAUGUUAGAAGAAAAGCUUUGAUGCGGUUGGAAUACGAAGGUCUGCACAAAAGUGAUGCCAUCACUACCCCAGGGGUCCGGUUCUACAAUGACCCAGCCAGCUAUGCCAUGAACAGAUAUGCUUAUUACGUCUGCUACAAGUGCAAAAAGGCAUACUUUGGAGGGGAAGCCCGUUGUGAUGCUGAAGCAGGACAAGGAGAUGACUAUGAUCCUAGAGAGCUGAUUUGUGGAGCAUGCUCAGAUGUAUCCAGGGCCCAGAUGUGCCCAAAACAUGGUACUGAUUUCCUAGAAUACAAGUGUCGCUACUGCUGCUCGGUGGCGGUCUUCUUCUGCUUCGGAACAACUCAUUUUUGUAAUGCCUGUCAUGAUGAUUUUCAGAGAAUGACUAGUAUAUCUAAAGAGGAACUUCCACAUUGUCCUGCAGGUCCAAAAGGCAAACAGAUUGAAGGCACAGAGUGUCCCCUUCAUGUGGUCCAUCCUCCCACAGGAGAAGAGUUUGCCCUGGGUUGUGGAGUGUGUAGAAAUGCUCACACCUUUUAAUUGAGCUUGUCUACUCUUCCGGUUUUCUUUUUGAUUUGUGAAGUUUUGACACAGACUCGUACAGUCUGUUGCGUCGCAGUGCCAGGCAGGUUCUGGACAACAGCCCUCGGUCAGGAUGGGACCACUGGAGAGUCUGAGAACAAGGUUAAAUGGGAAGAAGGCACCAGACACUACUGUGUAUUCAAAAUCCAUGCUAUCCAAACCAAACGUUAAUUGUUCCUCUUAAACGCAGAUGUUGAUACCUGCGAGGUGUUUGCAUGUGGUCAUUCAGUACAUCACCGUUGAAAGGGUAAAGGUUAUGUAAAGAUGAGCACACAGCUCGGAUAGGGAGGUUCCUCACAUCUGGGAUCUAGAAAAGUCAGAGCAGUGAGUAUUUACCUUUUCAGAGUCCUAUUCAACUUCACCCACAUCAUGCGGAAAGUAAGAGGAGUUUAUUUUCGAGACUGUUAAAUUAAAGCCUUCAUCGCUGGAAAAGGCCUCAGCAAACAAUGAUGAAGUUGAAAGACAUUUGAAUGGCUUAUAAAUGUAAGAACGUAUAAAGUUGUAUCAAAUGCUGUACAUAGUACAUAAAGAUAUCAAUGUUUGUCCUGUAUAAGAUUUACUACAUUACAACAGCAGUUUCAGUUAAACUGGGUUAUGUUUGAGCCUGAAAUUUUAAUGAAGUGCAAUACUGAGUGUGCCUCAUAUCUUUGCAGCCGUAAACUUUCUGGAAUGUACACGUUAAUAAAGCCACUGUACAUUUUUAUACAGUGACAGUCUGGUGAAUGUUAAGGAUCUUAUUUAAGAGGAAUGGCUUUUAAAAAAAAUAAAAAUAAUAAAUAAAGAAGUAAA